AUGAAGCUCACUUUCAAGGACCUGAAGCAGCAGAAAUUCACCAUCGACGCGGAACCCACUGAGACCAUCGGCGCCGUGAAGGAGAAGAUUAGCCAGGAGAAAGGGUGGGAGACGUCCACACAGAAGCUGAUCUACAGCGGCAAGAUCCUGCAGGAUGACAACACCAUCGAGUCGUACAAGAUCGAGGAGAAAGGCUUCAUUGUGUGCAUGAUCUCCAAGCCCAAGGCUCCACCGAAGCCAGCAGCGGCAGAGCCAGCCACGCCAGCCCAAGCACCGUCUACACCAUCCGCACCGGCAGCUCCAGCGCAGGCAGCCGGCACGACGACCUCCAAUCCACCCGCCACUCCAUCUCCAGCGCCUGCAUCGACCGCCCCAGCAGGUGCCGAAGGCGCCAGCUUCAACGAUCCAAACUCGCUUGCACUAGGUGAACAGCGCAGUGCAGCGGUCGCGAAUAUGGAGGCCAUGGGUUUCGAGAGAGCCCUGAUCGACCGAGCAAUGCGCGCUGCGUUCUUCAACCCAGAUCGUGCGGUGGAGUACCUGCUGACAGGGAUACCGGAGAAUCUUGAGCGUGAGCAGCAGGCAGCUCAGCAACAACAGCAACAAGCACAGAGACCUGCGUCAAACCAAGGGCAACAGCAGACACCGGCGGGAGGCAACACUGGUGCGACUGAGACUCCAGCUCCUACUGCUGAGGCGGGUGGCGACGAGCCGGUCAAUCUCUUCGAGGCUGCUGCGCGGAGUGGUGGAGGUCGCGGCACAGGUGCAGGUGCGGGCGCGGGUGCAGGAGGUGCGGGCGCUCAGGCUGGUGGCGGCGGUGGUGGACAAGGUGGCAACGCAUCCAACCUCGACUUCCUCCGCAACAACCCACAGUUCCAACAGCUCCGCCAAGUCGUGCAUCAACAGCCGCAGAUGCUGGAGCCUAUCUUGCAGCAGGUCGCGGCCGGCAACCCUCAGCUCGCGCGCAUCAUCCAGGAGAACCCAGACCAGUUCAUGCAGCUUCUUGCGGACGACAACGGUGACGAGGACGUGCAGUUGCCACCGGGGGCUCAGCAGAUUGCGGUCACGGAGGAGGAGCGUGAGGCGAUUGAGAGGCUCUGCCGCCUAGGCUUCGAGCGGGACAUGGUGAUCCAAGCCUACUUCGCCUGCGACAAGAACGAGGAGCUGGCCGCCAACUUCCUCUUCGACCAGCCUGAUGAGCCGGAUGAGCCAGGCCAGUAG